GCAGUCAGAUGCGAUCCUAGAGACCCGCCCGACCUUGCGUCAUCCUUUCGCUCGCCAACAUCCCCUCGACGUCGACCGCACCACCUCCUCACCCGUGCAUUUCGGAGGAACCAUGUCCGACUUGCUAGCCCUGCUGUCGCAGCAAGCCUCCUCCAGCAGCAGCCUGCGGUCCCGCAAGGCCUUGAUCGUCUUGGGCCUGCAGAAUGACUUCGUGACAUCGGCCGGGAAGCUCCCGAUCCCUGACACGGAAUUCGUCGAUCGGCUCGCAAAGCUCGUCCCCGAGUUCCGCGAAUUUGGAGACGUGGUCUGGAUCCGGAAUAUAUCCGAGUCCAGUCCACCGUCAAAGACCGCCAUGCCCGAAGGGGAGACCGUUGUCCCCGACGGGAACGCGAGCUGUUCCACAUCUGCUAGACGGCCCAAGAAAUCGCCUCCGACGGCGGUUGACAGGCUCGACCUGGAGCUGUUCUUAGAUUCCUCGGCUGCUGGGCGGCGAUGCUGCGUCCGCGAUACUCCAGGCGCCCGGUGGGACGAUCGCGUGCAGAGUCUGCAACAAGCACACGACCUUCGACUCGAUAGCCUGCAUUACUCUGCGUUCGCCAAGACAUCCCUGCUCUUCACGCUAAGGGCAAAGCUUAUCACGGAAUUGUAUAUCUGUGGAUGUUUCACCAAUGUUUCGAUUUAUGCCACAGCCAUGGAUGCCGCACGUUAUGGCAUUCAGACUACCCUCGUAGAGGACUGUCUUGGCUAUCGCCAUCGAGACAGGCACGACCUCGCCCUUCAGCAAUUGCACGACAUCAUGCGAGCGCGAGCCGUUCCUGCCUCCCGAGUCAUCGAAACCCUCCGCGAUCCGUCUACUGCCGAGUCCUGGUCGGAUCCAGACGAGGACGGAGACUUUGAAAACGAAGACGGAGACGACACCGAUCCGGACGACGAGAGUUCAUACGGUGAAGAGAGUUCGGACGAUGACAAUUGCGAACCUCCCACGAACACCAAUGUUCGAUCCGGCCUCGGCCCGAUCACGGCGGCCGAUAUUGAAGCCGACAGCGAGGCAAGCGAUGAUGAGGAAUGCAUGCCGACACUGAACAUCGACACGCUUUUGAGCCGAAAUCGCCUCGUGCUUCAAACCAGCCAGCUCAGGAUCUCAUCCCCCAAGCUUCGGAAGCGACAGCUCGAGGUCAACGAGCCGGGUGGGAAAGGCCCCAAGGCACCCACGAGCCGCAAUCCGCAGAGAGGUCCCGUUUCCCCACAUUCCAGAGAAUUCUAGAACUCUCGAUUCCAUCGCUCUUCCAUAUCAACGUCCGUUCACCCGAGCACUGGACCAAGGACAUCGCCGGCCGCACCGAUCGUGUC